CAGUUUUUCCCCCCUCAACUAAUUUUCAUGCAGUGGGUGGUUUUAAAAAGGCUCAGCUUAAUUUAGUGUAUCAAUGGGGUGAUAGUUUGUAUGGAUGCGUACAUCAUAGCCACUGACGCGAGGUCAUUGUAUCACCUCGAGUUAUUUCAUACAAAGCGUGGCUGUCAGUGGCGGUCCCAUUCCUGUGGGAACAGGGGUUAGCAGAAGAGCAGAUUGAUGAUGUAGGGACAGGAACAGUUCAGUGUAUUCGCCCCUGCCUUGGACUAGAAUGGUGCUAAGACCAAAGUAGUUGAGCUCUUUCAGAUGGGAUGGAGGAGCGAGAUAUCAUGGUUGAAAACACCUUGAUUGGCACAUGCUGGUUGAUAUCAAGCUGUACCCAAGGUCCCCUAAGGUAUUAUGCCUCAAGGAGCACAAGAUUCAGCAAUACGUGUCCGUGGUUGGAUACUGCACUUGACAGUUCCCCCGAGAAAAUGCAUAAAUCCAUAUUCAUCCAAUACCCGCGACACCCCGCCUCAUUUGAUUUUCAAAGCCCGCGCCUCAGGUCGAGCCCAGCUAAAGACGUCCACCAGGUAAAGGUACCGACCUAGGGUGCUACUGUUAGGCAGCCGCUCAACCUGGAGAGCUCCAAAUUUGGUGAUCACCACCACUGAAGCCUAGCGAUCGUACAGCUAGCUACAGCACUAGCCCCCCCGCUAUAGGUGCGACCCCCCGCCCGACAUCACCUCACCUCAACAAUCCACACAUCCAGAUCCAUCUCUCGCACGUCGAAAUCUCCCUCUUCCGCAUCAACAGAAAGCGUGAAUCCACCCUUGACCACGCUCCCGGCGCCGGCAUCGUAGUCUACCCCAUUCAUCUUCUUUUCUGCCUUUUGCUUUUGCUAUAGUUUCUUCUCCUCAUACUACUCAUACUCGUACCUCUUGUUCUUACCAAAUAACUAAAAUUCUCUUGUCGAGCGAGAUCUUAUCUCGUCAUCCCCCCCCCUCUUCAAACGACCCUCUCCCCCCCGCCAACCCCUCGUCGGUCGAUCUUCCUCAUCUCUUCUCUCCUCUCUCUUCCGCUCGCCGUCCUGUCUCGUCCCAGCAACGCCUAGGCUUUCUUUCGAUCGAACCGGCCAUAACAAUCUAUAGUCAUGGGUCAGACUCUAUCGGAGCCCGUUGUCGAAAAGGUGCGUCUUGUGCCUUUGAAUUUUAUGUGCUCGUCUCGAUCAUCUGCGCGGCUCUGUUCGUUUUUUUUUGUUUUGCAUUUGGCCAUUGGGAUUUAGUACUCGGACCUGGCGCGAGAGGGGCAAUCUUGCUCAGUCAUGAGCCCCUCACCCAGCACCAGCGGCGCUGGAGCCCACGCAAUACCAAUUUCACCAGCCGCGCCUAUAUCCUCAGCCUUGUCGGGAACAUGCAUCGACCACCGGAGGCUUUGGGCUUAUAAUUUGGCUCUUGCGAUUAUUAUUUUUCCACGCCUAUGCUCACAUACUGAUAUCCGCUUCCCCGAUGUUUCCGCCUGCUGCAUUAUCGUCAGACCAAGUCCCGCUAACGCUUCGUUUCUACCCCAUAGACUUCGGAGAAGGGUGAGGAUGAGCGCCUCAUCUACGGUGUUUCGGCCAUGCAAGGCUGGCGCAUUAGUAUGGAGGAUGCUCACACCGCAGUACUCGACCUCGACUCAGCCAAGUCUCACUCCAGCAAGCUGUCCUUCUUCGGUGUUUUCGACGGACACGGUGGUGACAAGGUGGCACUGUUUACCGGCCAAAACAUUCACAACAUUAUCUUCAAGCAGGACACUUUCAAGUCUGGUGACUAUGCUCAGGGUCUGAAGGACGGUUUCCUCGCGACCGAUCGCGCUAUUCUCAACGACCCCAAGUACGAAGAAGAAGUUUCCGGUUGCACAGCCUGUGUCAGCUUGAUCGCUGGCAACAAGCUCUAUGUUGCCAACGCUGGUGAUUCGAGAGGUGUUCUUGGUAUCAAGGGUCGUGCCAAGCCUUUAUCUCAGGACCACAAGCCCCAACUCGAGAACGAGAAGAACCGAAUCACAGCUGCCGGUGGCUUUGUCGACUUCGGCCGAGUGAACGGAAACCUCGCCCUCUCGCGUGCUAUUGGUGAUUUUGAAUUCAAGAAGAGUGCUGAGUUGUCCCCCGAGAACCAAAUUGUUACAGCCUACCCCGAUGUUGAGCAACAUGAUCUUACAGACGAGGAUGAAUUCUUAGUCAUUGCUUGUGAUGGUAUCUGGGAUUGCCAAUCCUCUCAAGCCGUGGUUGAGUUCGUCCGACGAGGCAUCGCUGCCAAGCAAGAGCUCGACAAGAUUUGCGAGAACAUGAUGGACAACUGUCUUGCCUCCAACUCCGAGACCGGUGGCGUUGGCUGCGACAACAUGACCAUGGUCAUCAUCGGCUUCCUCAACGGAAAGACCAAGGAAGAGUGGUACGAGGAGAUCGCCCGCCGGGUCGCCAACGGAGAUGGCCCAUGCGCUCCUCCUGAGUACGCCGAAUUCCGAGGACCUGGAGUCCACCACAACUUUGAGGAUAGCGACAGUGGCUAUGAGAUGGAUCCUGAAAACAAGGGACGAAGCUUUGGAGUUGGUGGGUACCGAGGCCGGAUCAUUUUCCUCGGCGAUGGCACUGAGGUUCUUACGGAUUCAGAUGAUACAGAGAUGUUUGACAACGCCGACGAAGACAAAGACCUCGCCAGCCAGGUCACCAAAAACCCGUCAUCCGCCGAGAAGGACACCGCUCCUGUAACCGCCCCUGGCGCCGCCGCCGCCGAAAACGCUUCCGCCGAUACGAAACCCGCCGAUGCAACCGUUACGAAGCCUACCGACAAGGACGCUGCGGAGGAGGUGAAGAAGGAGGCCAGUGCCCAGGAAAUCAAGAAGGAAGAAUAGGUUGUUGUCUGAAAUUACGGGGCAACGGGUUUGAAUUCAACCUAGGUGUCGCUCCUCCCUUGCACCUCCGGUUAUGUUUCUCGGAUCCCAACUUUCUGGGAAGUUUAAAGGGCAAGUGGUAGAUGGUGGUCACGAGAGGAGGUUGUGAUAUUCUCAUGUUAAGUCUUGCAUCUCAACUUGUCGGUGUAUUGGUGUCAAACCUGGAUCUGGAUCGUGUGCUCUUCAUCGACUUGCCGAGGCGCAUCACGAGAAGAGCGAGACUCGGGAAGGAUAUCAUGUUCUGGGCUGAGGCGGAUACAAGGAAAGAAAGAGAGAAAGAAGAGCGAGAGAAACCUUUUUUUGAUGUUUACGCACGCAUGGGAUUCCCAUUUUCUUCACGUCGCCAUGAGAUCAUCAGUCUCAUUCCAAUCUUCCGUUGCGAAAGCCAGCUUUUCCCCCCCACAAUGCUGGGAUGAUAUGCUCGAGUAUGGUUGGAUUGCUUUUAGAGGGAUUAAGAGGCAGUAUAGCAUAUACAGGACACUAACUGACGGCCCAUUGUUGUUUUUUGAACGGUAGGCUCGGUUUAUUCAGACGUGAGUUGGAAAACAUCUAUAUCCAUACCUCUCCAGGAGCUUUCAUUGUAAUCCUAUAGACUUUGGCACUUAUGUAAUGUGGGUGAACAUAUGCACUGAUCUCGGGGGCAAGACAGACCGUAAAUUAGUGCGAGCAGUGAAGAUUCGUGGUGUUCUCAUAACUUCGUUUUUAUUUAUCGAUGUUCUGGUUUCCGUCUCGCCCAUCCUCUUCUAAAAUGUGCUUUUGCUAGUGUACAUGGUAUGUCCGUGGUUUUCUAUCAUAAUAUGCCCCUUGAAAGUACGGGUAAAAUGGGUAGGCAUCCCAGAAGGAAUUGUAAUAUACAGGGUGGAGUGAUGCAAGGUGCUGAAAAUAUGAUAUUGUUAUAUGGGGGUUGUAUGUGGCGCUUCUCAUAGAAGUUCAGCAAGACUUAAAUCUAGUCUCUUCUUCGAGCUUCUUCGAGCUUCUUCUCGAGCUCCUUCAGAGCAGCUUCAGGGGAAGGAGUGGAAUCUGGUCCUUCAGGAGGACCAUCUUGACCAACGCCAGGCGAUUUUGGGUUCGUCUUGGGCCCUGCCGACAAAAGCUUUGGAGUAUCAUCAUCAACAUCAGGCCAACUGUCAGGCUCUUCUUCUUGUACUAUGCUCGGAUGGUUUGAAUCUGCCAGAGACUCAUCCCAACCCUCAAUCAUAUGCGCCGGAUCGAAACGACCCUUGAGUCGCACGUUGAUUUUCCCAGGUUGACCGUCAGCUCUGCGAAGCUUGACGAUGAGAUCCUGCACCUGAACGGGUUUACCAGCGCUGAUCUGAGAGUGCAUGGGCAGGUCAUUAGAGCGAUAUGAAAGUCCGAGCGCAUAUUCGAGGGGUUUAAGGGGAACAUAGCCCGCCCACUUGUCAAGGAUGACACGCUCGACUCGGGACAUGACUACCCAAAGACGAGGAAUCUUGUUGGCUAGAAUAUCAGGGAUUGCCUGUCUAGGGAAAAUGCCUGGCUGAUGCUCAAGCUUUUUCCAAAAGGGGUCUUUGUGCGUGCGAAGGAGGACUUGGCUCAGCAAGUUUCUCGAUCCCUUCUGGAGCUGACGAUGGAGGACGCCGUAGAAGUAGACAGUUCCGAGGGCAUGUGGUGAGCGUGUUUUGACCGCAAGUGACAGGAGAGCACCAUAAGUCUCCUGGUCAGGCUCGCAGCCGGCGUCCUUAAAGAGUGACAUAGCCCAGAGAGCAGUAUCCCAAUCUCUAGACUUGGCCGCGUGGCUGAGGAAAAUGUUGAUAGUCUUGAGCUCAACUCUGUGGCCUGACUCGGUAUGAAUACUGACCAGUUUCUUGCAAUCUUCGAUUCGAGGAUCUUCUGGACGGUGGAAGCGAAGUAGUUCAGUGGCAAUACUAUUGAGACCAUCAAUCGCUAGCCAGCCCUCACCAUAGCGUUCCUUCUGCUCGUCCAGGAAGCAUCUCAGAGGUAUUCCAGCUUUGAAAGCAGCAUAUGCAUCGAGAGAGGCCAUUACAUCGGCGAUCCCGCGACGCGUGGCCUGGUGAUUGAACAUCCCCAAUUGGUACAUGGCCACAAUGACCUGCCUCCUUUCGUCCUCACCCCUGACCAGUCGAAGGAAAAGCAGCCAUGUUCGAAUGUUAGGGUGAUGAUAGCGCGCCUGCAUCCUUCGGAGAAACCUAUAAAAGAAGCCAAUAUCACGCUUGUGAGUGUAGCCUUCAAGCAUGAUGUUGUAUAUAUCAGUGUCCAUGGGAAUGCCUAAUUCCUCUCCCAAUUGUACGAGAUGGUUGGCAGAGGCACGAUGUCCACCUCGGAAGGCCAUCAUGGAAAUGGCCAUUUUCAAGACAGGGACAGUAAUGAAUGGUUUUGCAGCAGGGUCCUCAAAGGCAUCAACGAUGAGCUUAAUCCUGAUGCCAUCCGUAUCGAUAUAUCUCCCAUUCACACGCCUUUGGCCGUAGAACCUGAUUGCUAGAUGAGGAGGCACCUUUCCAUAGCACAGCGUUGAGAUAUAGUGUUCAAAGUUGUCAUGUGUCCAUAAGGGCGGUCGCGGGAUCUGCUCGUAUGGCACAUGGAGAGAGUGAGGCUGGUACUCUUUGUGCACCCAGAUAUUGUCGUUAUGGUCAUCAGGGAGCGAGGCGCCUCCGUUUGGCGCAUUUUCAAUGGUUGGCCACAGCUGCCUCGUCUUGUAAUCCGACGCCGCCACUUCUCCCAGCUCAUAGAUUUCAGCGUCUUCGCAAUACCUCACAAUCUCGUCGGCCACCUUGACCAAUAUCUUGCUCUGUCCACGAAGCACAAUGGCAGAAGGAUUACGAUCCACCACUGCCCGCAGUUUCUGGAGCACGCCCGUCGCAGAGUCGACAUAUUCGAGAUUCUGGUUGUUGACUUCGAUAUCCCACGUUUUGGGUAGGACGAUCCUUACAGCCGACAUGUUGGCCCUCUCGCUCCAUUGCGGUGUCAUGCGCUUCAUGAGCCCAAAACACUCUAUCCAUUGCGGAACUGUCUUAUCGAAGUGGCUCCAGACCACACCCAAGCCGGCCUGUCGUCGUGCGUCCCGCCUAUGCUCCUGUACGCUUGCUUUGUUCGCCUGUUCGUUUGGAUAUUGAAGUGGUUUUCCGAUCACAGGUUUAAAGAGCUUCAUAGUAUCUUUGUCUUCGACCAGUCGAGGCGCAUCGAUCCUGAACGCAUCUUUAAAGGCUCGAUUGCGGGAUUCGUGAGUAUCGUCUGUAACUAAGUUGGCAAUGACCUGCUCAGGCUGUUGUUCGCUCACUUCGAGAGACUUCUCAGGAAGGGCUACAAGAGCUGUUUCUGGGGGUUCAGUUGAGUUUGUCCCAUCAGAAUAUGCUGUCGUUGACUCGAGCCGGAUAGCGUAGGGAUUGGAUAUCCUGGAGGGCAAUGGGGCCCUUGAUUUUGGGAAAGGUCCUGAGAAGGCAGAGCAUCGCGACCGAGCCCGCCAUAUUGACUUGAUCGCCAGGGACAUUUGUUAUAAUUCACGCAUCGUCGAAGGCGUUUUAGUUCGAGAGGCCCCCCGUUGAGAGCUGGGUCCUUGGCUACUAGAUACCUUGGUAUAGU